AAAUGUAGCUGCGAAGAAGCUCAUGCUGCACAUUAUAUAAUAAGAUGAGAGGAUUCCUUCUUCAUGGAGGGUGGUGUUCUUAUACACUACUCUAUCCCCCCAUCCCAUCAUCCCAGCUCCGAAGUGUUCUGUACCGGUAAUCCCUCACACUACGUCACUUAAUACUUGAUACCUACCUAGAUUCAAGUAGCUCAAGAUGCGUCACGUACUUACUUCGCUCUGCGCCGUUGGAGGAGCUCUGGCGGCACGUCCAUUCCUCAACGAGCCUGACACUGGUUUCGAUGAUGUAUUUGGCAGUCUCCCAGCCGGAGAACUACCGCCUCUCGACCAGUUGGUAGGACUACCAGACUUCGAUGCGGCGGCCCGAAGACAUCUACCUAUCCAGAACUACACCUAUUAUCGCAAUGGUGCCGCUGCUGAGUGGUCGUAUCGCAACAACCUCGAGGUCUUCAACCGCUAUUCGCUUCGUCCUAGAACCAUGGUAGAUAUUGUGGAUAUCGAGUCGUCGUUACCGACUACCAUCCUCGGCCACAACUUCUCUGCGCCCUUUUUCAUCAGCCCCUGUGCCCGCGGUGGCUAUGGCAACAACGAUGCUGAGAAAGGAUUAAUUGAGGGUGCCGCAAACGGAAACAUUCUAUACAUACCCGCCAUCUAUGCGAGCUUGACGAUUGAAGAGAUCUCGACGUUCAAGAAAGAAGAGCAGGUCGUGUUCCAGCAGCUAUACCUCGACUCCAACGACACCGCCUCGGAAGCGCUAUUCGCCCGUGCCGAGGCUUCGGGCGCCAAGGCUCUCGUCUUCACCAUCGACUCGGCCGCCAACGGCAACCGCCACCGCGCCGCUCGCUACGGUGUCGGUUCUGCUGAUGCCUCCUACACUAAAAUCACCUGGGACUUCUACGACCACAUCCGCACCCUAACCAGCCUCCCCAUCAUCCUCAAGGGCAUCCAGACUGUCGAGGACGCCAAGAUUGCCGUCGAGCGCCAGGUGCCCGCGAUCUACCUCUCGAACCACGGCGGGCGGCAGAUCGACGGCGCGCGGUCACCGCUCGACGUCGCCAUCGAGAUCCAGCGCGAGGCCCCCGAGGUCUUCUCCCAGAUCGAGGUCUACGCCGACGGCGGCGUCCGCUACGGCGCCGACGUCGUCAAGUUGUUGGCUACCGGCGUGCGUGCCGUCGGGCUGGGACGCCCGUUCAUGUACGCGAAUGUUUAUGGCACGGCGGGUGUCGAGCGCGCGAUCGAGCUGCUGAAGAAUGAGAUUGCAAUUGAUGCGGCGAAUGCGGGCAUCGCGGAUCUCAAGAAGAUUGAUCCUUCGGUUGUUGACUGGACUCCCAACUGGGCUUCCUCGUAAAUAUAGAAACCAAAAAAAAAAAAAAAAAAGCAACAACAAAUAGACAAUAACAACAAAAGGGGUUUUGGGGGUGUCAGUAAUGGAAUGCUGUAAAUGAUAAUGCGUCUAGAUUGGGGUCCUGUACCAUUGGCUGUUCAUAAAUUAGCGAUAAACUGCAUUAUUAUUAUUUUUGAUAGACUUACAAAAAUUGAAUACCCUGCCUACGUUGGUG